CUUUUAUACAGACAUACAAACUUGCUUUGUGAUUAUAGGACUGGUGAAUCCUUGUUAUCAUGAGAUAGAUUUUGAUUUUUACUUCCGUUUGCUUAUCAGAAUAAGCCAAACUGUGGAGGUUAUCGAAAGUGUAUCUGGUUUGAGUUAUAUUGAAUUCCUUUUGUUUCUUGACAUCCCACACGAGUAUUUAAUCUUUAUUUGUUUUGAAAGUAUUUAUGUGGUAAUUGAAAAAAAAAUGAUAUUUAAAUUAAACAAAAAUUGAGGUCUAACAAGAUUCUUUUCCUAAAACUAAAAAUCAAGAUGGCGACCUCUUCUCAGUCAACUGUUGGUAAAGUUAUAGCUAUUGACUUUUAUUGUUCGUCCUGUCAAAAGCAGGGCCAGUGGGCCGAGUUUUACUGCAAGAAAUGUCUAAAAUUUUAUUGUGUAAAAUGUAUUAUCAAGCAUGGUAAGAAGUUUGUGAAACAUGUGCCAUACGGAAUAGCAGAAAAAGACAAGUGGCCAGUGCCCAGAAAUGAAUUGCAGGACCUUCAUGAAGACAAACAUAUUGAAAAGUUUUGUUAUAUCAGAAUAAUUUGUGCUGAAGUAUCAGUGCAAGGUGACCCAGACCAGGUUUUCAGUGUAGAAGGAAAGUCAGAGUAUGAUGUGAGCAAACCAAGUGAUUCAACGUAUGACAUGGAUACCCGUGCCAUUUGUGCUCUCUCUGAUGAUCAGAUUCUUGUUGCAGAUAUCAAUAAUAAAAGACUUUAUCUACUAGAUCAUCAAUACCAGGUCGUGGGACAUAGUGAAUUAAGUUCUAUUCCAUGGGACAUUUGUCAAAUCGCACCAAAUGAAGUAGCUGUUGCUGUGGGGCUGAAUAUGACAUAUGGGGUACAGUUUUUCUCUGUAAAUGGUGGGCAGCUGGUUAAUGGCACAAUGUUUACGUGUCAACAUCAAUGUUUGGGUAUUGCUUAUAAUCUGCAACACCUGUAUCUCACUUCUGGCACUGCACUUUACAAGUAUUCAAUGAUUGGAGACCUGUUAAAUAAGUUAUAUGAAGAUACAUCACGUUGGCUGGGAUUGACAGUUUAUAAGUGUGCAGUGAGUCCUUCAGGUGACAAGAUAUUUAUCACCAAUUUUGAACAUGACAAGGUCCUCACCCUGGCCACAGAUGGCUCAGUACUCCACACCUUCACCGACCCAGACCUGCGAGGACCAGGUGGUAUUCAUGUUACUGAUCUGGGACAGGUGCUGGUUUCGGGAUUUUCACCAGGGAUUUUCACUAUCCUACAGCUGGAUGGGGAAGGCAAAAAGAAGCUGGCAACUCUUGCUACAGAGAGGGAUGGACUUUGUCGGCUAGAGUCAGUCUGCUACAAUAGGGGCACAGCAUCCAUCAUUGUGGCACGAGUUCUUAGCAACAAAAUCCUGGUGUUUAAAGUAAAAUAGUUUUGUUUCACAAGUUUCUGUUAAAACAUUCAACAUGAAUUCUUGGAGGGAUGGACUUGAUAUUGUAUGGUCUGUCUGAUCAAAAUGUUAGUAUAGCCACCAUCAUUGUGGGACAAUUGACAGGCAACACAUUUCUUGUGUUUAAAGAAAUAUAUAUGUUGUUUCGCAAAUUUUAUUAAAGAAAUAUAUAUGUUGUUUCGCAAGUUUUAUUAACAACUUUUUGGAAAAUGUACUUUCAACAUGUAUUCUUGGCAACACCAAAUUCGUAUUCAGUGUUAUGUUUCAUCACAUAAUGUGCCUGGAUGAUUUAUUUUGAUGCAGGGUAAUUUGAGAUCAUGAAUAUGUUUGAAAAAGUAAAUACACAAUAAAUUUCUUAACAUCAUUGAUCUCUUUAAAGUAAAACAUUCAAUUGCAUAAUUGUUGCUGAAUGAUUUAUUAUGUUGCCACACAAUUCAAUCAAAGUACUGACAGUACUGGUGUGACGAUGCUUUUGAAGAGGAUGGAUAUAAAAGCAUCAAUUUAAGUUUAAAUACACCAUAACCACAAUUGUGUUUGUGGGUACGAAAAUUUUGUGUAGGAAAAAAAAAUGGGUAUGAAUAUUUUGGGUACAAAAUUUAUGCCAAAAAUUAUGACCACAAUUGUGUUUGUGGGUACGAAAAUUUUGUGUAGGAAAAAACAAUGGGUAUGAAUAUUUUGGGUACAAAAAUUAUGCCAAAAAAAAUUUGGGUAGGAAAAAAAAUUUGGUUAAAAAGAAAAAUUGGGUAGGAAAACAAAUUGGGUACGAAAAAAAUUGGGUACAAACAAAUUUGGGUAGGAAAAAAACAACUUGGGGGGUACAGGGAAGAAGUACCCGUGGGGAACUUGAUCCAUUCAGCGAAACUGGGAGGCGGGUGUAACAUUCUCGAUAAAAAAUAAUAAGAAAGAUAUUCGAUGUGUAUUUUAUAAUGUACCACUUAUCUUUAAAAAAAGUUCUGUUACAGUAAAACGUUUGUGGGUUAUAACAUUACGUUACGUAGCAGAUAUAUUCAAAACUUGACAUGUUCUUCAAUUACACCAUGCUCUUUAAUUUCACAUUUAUAUCAUACCAAACUUUACAUUUCGUUGUUUCCUUUCCUAAGAUAAUGACGUUAUGUGUACGGACGUGAUUUCACAUGCCCAUGUGCAUGAAAAUAUUAUUUUUCUCUUUUGAUUAUUGUUUUUUCUCUAGGCAUGUUUGUUCAUUAAGUACGGCAAUAAUUUCAUGAUGAUUCCCGAAAGUAGGUAUGAGCACAUAGUCGAAUACGAGUUGAAUACAUGAGUUCGUGCAUGAACAUAUGGUAAGGUUAACUAAAUCUCUGCAAUAUAUGUGUUUAAAACAGAAAACAAUAUCCAACAAACGAAUGAAUUAUCAAACAUAGUGUGUGCACUGAUGUAGCUCUGUAAUUUCUGUUUGAAAAGUUUAUUAAAUAUGCAAAAUGAGAUAGCAUGCAUAAGAGCGAGUUUAAUAGAUGUUGCAGGGCUAUUAUGCUGUUUAUAUACCACUCGCUUUAACGUUUACAAACUGCAGGUUCGAAACAAUUCGUUUUCUUUACACUCAUGAUCACGUUAAACUUUAAUUAUACACAUUUUCAUUCACAAUUUAUUUACUGAAUCACGACACAUGUCAAAUGCAAUACAGAAAGUUGUUUCAUUGAUCUAUAAACAUAUAAUGGACUGAAUAUAACUGAUUUAAAAUUAACGUUUUCAAACUAUUAUUAAAUCUCUUUCCCACAAUAUGCUGUCCUAUUUAUAGCUGAGCUUCCUUAACCUUCAUCAAUGAUAAUCAGCGAGGUAUGCUGAUUAAAAAAAUCGAGCUAAUAAUCUCAAUCGGACUGGCUCGGUCUUUUACAUAGGUCGCCAUUGUGCAGAUUUUUUUCAUGGUAAGAUAACUUAGACGAGCUGCUUCGCAGCAUCGUCAAAAACUUGCUAUCACCUGUUGCACAGAAUCAACUGGAAUUUACUGUGAUGAUUUGUGUUUCAUUUGAAUUGUAUAUAAUCAGUGCAUUGUUGUAAUUUUGAUCUAUAUCUUGAAAAUGACUAACAUGUACUUACAUGAUUUACUUGCGGUGAUUGGUGAUGCUUUAUGUUAUUAUUGUGUACAUGUAAUUGUGUAAAGAAAAAAGAACUGCAGGUUACAGUUUAGAAGAGUGGGUUUUAUAUUUGCAUUUCAUUAUGAAUAACUGUUACUUUGUGUUGUGUGAUAAAAAGUAUUAAGCGUUACAUAGAUUAACAAUUAUGUAUUGUAUAGAUUUUUUCCAUCCUUGAUUUUAUUUUUAUUUUUUUAUUUUGGUUGAUAACAAUUUUACAUGUAUUUAUGUCAUAUGUGCCUGUACCUUUUGCUAUGUUUCACAGAAUAAAUAAACGCUGUCUUAGA